AUGAAUAAUAACGAAAUUUCAUUACUAACAACAAAUGUUGAUGAAAAUACAACAACAACAAGUAUAUGUUCAUCAACAAUAACAUAUAAUCAUAUACCAAAAGAUUUAUUUUCAUGUCUUAUUUGUUAUGAAACAUUUGGUGUUGAUCAACAACAACUUGUAGCUUUAAAAUGUGGCCAUAUGUUUUGUGCAUCAUGUAUUCAUCAAUGGUUUACAACAAAUAAAGUUUGUCCAACAUGUCGAAAACGAUGUUGGUUAAAAGAUGUUUUAUAUAUUGAUGUAUCAACUUGUAUUGUUGCCUAUGGAAAAAAGAAAAUAAAUAAUUUAAGUGCUGAACGUGAUCGUUUAAAUAAUGAUAUACAAACAUUAAAAGAUUCCAUUGCAAAUAUAGGACAAUAUGUACGAAAAAUUGAACGUCGAUUAAAAACUAAACGAUUAUUAUUAAAUCGUUUGAAAUAUUUUUGUAAACGAAAAUAUCGAUAA